AUGAUGUUUUCGCGUUCAGCCCCGACAGAGGAGCUGAAACCAACCAACAUGAUUCGGAAUCGGGACAAUAUUGAGAGGCCCAUAUCCAAGCGAGGCGUCGUUUCUCUUCUGCCGAAAAUGUCACUGGGAUUUGUUCUCAAUAGUUGUUCGUGUGCUUACAUCGACAAUCUACUGGCUCAUGACAAUGUUCAUCGUGUGAAGCCACAUACGUUUAUCAUUCAACGUCUUGUGGUCAUCUGUGGUCGUUCGACUCCUGCAGUUGCCAAUCACGCGGCGAACAUCAUACUCUCAGCAUUCAGCUUCUGCCAAUUGGAUGCUCCAACCAAAGAAUUUCUUGGAGAGGAAGCAGCCCUUGGCCUAUUUCAUACGAUCCUCGAGUAUUCUACUGUGAACCAGCAAGCUCGGACAGUUAUGGAGAUUCGAGGAGCACAACGACUCACUGCAGCUCUUUGUGAUCUUAUUGAGGCCUAUGAGAAGUCUAUGGAAUAUUCUGCGGCAAACAAAGCGAUUUCUCAUCUGUGCAAAAAGCUCGCCGGAUUAUACGAUCCUCCGGUAAUUCUUCCGUUCCUCAACAAACUGGUCAAGAUCAGACGUCUUCGCGAAUACCUCCAGCCAUUAUUCAUAGCACAUUGUGAAUACUCAGUCUUGUCUCCAGAAAGUGCCGAAGUCUACAAUCACAUUGCACGCGGCAACUUCACUUCGGAGACACUCAUAGAUAUCAUUGAAACGUUUCUGGAUAAGGAGGUGAAAGCAUCUGUUGUCAGCAGGAACGCCGAUCCCACCAAGAUAGUUCAAUACCUGAUCACGUGCUCCAAUGCCAAUAACGCGGAAAUAAUUCAAGCCCUGGCCUUUAUGAUGUAUUCCAAUUCACGGUUGAAUCCUAGUAAAGAACCCGGGGCUCUCGACAUGGAUGCACAAUCGGUCGACACAAUAACCACUUCUCGACUCGGAGAUCCGAAAUUGACACAGCCUGUGAAAGAUGCUAUAAUGGAUUCUAGUCGGGAGGCUCUUCAGAGACGCUUAGAAAUUUAUGGACCGCGUAUUUUAGAUUCUGUAGAUGACUUCGUCAAGGAAUUGAAACAAGCACCUGUGCAACGAAAAAUGGUCACCAACUCUUCAAUCGCGAAUGCUCUGCUUUUUAUCAAUCAAUGCAACUAUGAUGUGACACUAGCAAAGCCGUUCGACCUACAACAAUAUUGGCCAGGAGCGAAUUUCGUGCAUGGUGUUAUUCGAUACAUCAAAGAAAAGCAAAUCGAAACUGAUGGCCAUGACGAAUCCUACGAUUGGUUUCCAAAUAUUAAUUGGGUCGAAGUUGUCAAAGAACUGGAUGAUCCAAAGCUUUAUGUCAGUCGGGAUACUUUCGUUCUUUUUUCCGAGAUCUUUCCAAUCAUGUUCAAAGACGAUCCUCAAAAUUUCCCGAUUUCCUUCUUUUAUUCGCCAUGGAAACAUUGGGAUCGGCAGCUUCAUUUAUACGACCACAUGUUGGAGUAUGCCGAUAUUUGGAACUUCUCAAACUAUUUUCACACUAAAGUGCUGACUCCAGAACUAAAUUUAAAAACGAUUCCUGAUGACACACCACCUAUUGUUCAGUUGUGGAAUUGUCAAGAGUUCAGUAAUAUUCUACUCACAUUGCUCAACACCCAACCUCAAUCUCCUCAUCGAGAUUUCUUUAAAAUUGGAUACACCCAAACUGGGGAUGUUUGCAUUUUGGCUUUGAUACUCUCACCUACACAAUGGACUACAACACGGCAGGAUUUAGUUCGCGAGUAUCUACCUGACUGGAUCUCCAAAAGCCCAAAUGUGAUCCCCAUUUUGAAUAUGUCAUGGAACGACCCAGCCAUAUCCAAACAUAUGCGUCAACACAUCAUCUGGUCACUAACAAGUAUAUACAGUUCCGAUAACACGCAGCUUGCCAAAAUUCUCGAUGUUGCUCAUGAUAUCAAGCCAACCGGUCUCUCUGAACUUUUAAAUCAGUCUGCUAAGCAUCUUCCUUUUAUGGUGGAUCUAGCAUGUCUCGCUUCGAAACGAGACUAUUUGAAUUUGGAGAAGUGGAUAGAGGAUAAGGAAAAGGCUCAUGGAGAAGCGAUGACCGUUGCACUGCUACAGUAUAUUCACAAGAAAUAUCAAAAGCAACAAUUGGUAGCAGCACUAGCACCUCAAGGCAAAACAACAAGCUCAAGCGCUCCAUCUGAUCCUCUUCACGUGCUUAUCAAAUUUGUUCGAAAAAGAGCAAGAAAGCCUCAUCGGCAGCAAUAUCCAUUACUUUUCCAGGUAAUGAAAGAGAACUCGGGUAGAAGUUCGUCGGUAUCAUCGGGCGGACAUCAAACAGUACAGGCAGGAGGUUCACAACAACAGUACGGCAGCGGCACCGGACAUCCACCAUCCGGCGCCGUUCCUCAGCAGCAAUCACAACCACCUCUCCUGCAGCAACAAAUUUCGCAGCAGUCACUUGUGACGUCAGCAGCUCCGCCACAGCCGCAGAUGCACAGUCAGCAAGCGAUUCCAGGUCCGAUACAAAGACCGGCGCAGUUUCCCCCACAACCCAUGUUUCAACCACAACCUCAAGCUCAACAGCAUCCACAUAUGAUGAAUCAACCGCCACCAAACACAUCGCAGAAUUCUCAGCCAGGAAUGAAUCUUCUCAUGAACAUGAAUCAGUUUAACGCGAACAAUCGUGAUUUGCUGAAAGUUGUUCAGCCUGCGCCUCCUCCAUCUUCUUCGAUGUCCCCUUCUUCGCAAAUGAUGCGAUCUUUAAUUCCUCCGCUCGCACAACGGCAGAAUUCUAAUCCCAGCUGGAAUACCACUCCAGCUCCGCCGCAACAGCGACCAUCUGGACCUCCGACGCCACAACAACCAAUGGAUUUCCGAGGGCAAAUUCCUGAUUUCGUUUCACAAGGAUCUCACCAGUUGCAAAGGAGCGGAAGUGUCAGUGGUAGAAGCGCGACGAGUGGAGUGACGAGAACGACGACAAAUAGCGGAUUUUCUGUUGGUGCUCCGAUAGCAGGAAGUGCAGCUGCUGUGGCCGCUGCGGCUCAACAACCAGGCAUGGAAGACUUUGCAUCAAUGACAUUCGCCGAAGACAUUCAGGAAGAAGCCAAUUCGUACUUCGAGAAAAUUUACAGUGUUAACAACGCAAUGUCCGUGGAUACAUUAAUCGAUUUACUGAAAAAGUUCAAGACUGGCAAUGAUCGUCGCGAACGCCAUGUUCUCGCAUGUGUGGUCAAAAACUUGUUCGAAGAAUAUCGUUUCUUCCAUGAAUAUCCAGAAAGAGAGCUGCGAACCACGGCUGCUGUUUAUGGAGGAAUUAUUCGGGAAGAUAUUAUCAGCAACGUUCAGUUUGCCACAGCCGUUCGGAAGGUUAUUGAGAGUUUGAGUGCAGAUUCGAAUACGAUGCUCUGGACGUUUGGAAUAGUCGCACUUCAACAUUGCAGAAGCAAACUGUGUGCUUAUCCGAAGGUUUGCACUAUGAUAGCCAACAGCGAGAACUUCACUAAAUUCCCCCAGACGUUGAAAGAUUAUGUUAUUGCCGGUGUCAAAGGAGAGCUCCCACCAGAAGGUGGUCGUCACACUCCCGUUGGUACAAAUCCUUCGUCGGCUUCAUCCACACCAACACCAGCAUCUGCUCCGACAAAUUGGGGAGCUGUUGCACGAGCAUCCUCGACCGAUCCAAAAAAUGCUCUUCCUGCGAAUCGAACUGGCAACGUUCUUUCAUACACCAAUGUGGAUACUCUUGUCCAGGCAACAAAUAAGGAUGGAGCGGAGAUCGCUCAGCCCGCUGAAGCUGUAGUGGACAAAAUCUCGUUUUUAUUCAAUAAUUUGUCUGCAACCAAUUUGGCUCAGAAGAAAGAUGAAGUGUUGGAGAUGAUUGUUGAACAUGGAGAUGGUUUCACACGUUGGUUGGCUCAAUAUAUCGUCAUGAAGAGAGUCUCUAUCGAACAAAAUUUUCAACCACUCUAUAAUCAGUUUGUCACAGCCAUCGACAAUGCAUACCUUGACCAAUGCAUCAAGAGAGAAACAUUCAGAAACAUUCGUAUCCUUCUUCGGACCGAUAAGAAAACGACUGUUGCUUCUAACUACAGUGAUCGGCAGUUGCUGAAAAAUCUCGGAAGUUGGCUUGGAUCGAUCACUAUUGCGAGGAACAAACCUAUUUUGCUCAAUGAUCUGGAUUUGAAGAGUUUGUUACUGGAGGCUUACUACAAAGGACAAGCAGAGUUACUAUUUGUGGUUCCGUUUAUAUCGAAAAUUCUGACAGCGUGCUCAAAAACAUCGUUGUUCACUCCAACUUGUGCUUGGAUUCGAAGUAUUCUAAAAGUUCUGGCCGAACUGCAUAAUGAACCUGAUCUCAAAAUAAAUUUGAAGUUCGAAAUCGAAGUAUUGUGCAAAGAAUUGAAUGUUGAUCUUGGUGUCUUGCCAAUGGAUGGUAUUCUCAAGGAUACGGAGAAGCUCGUGCGAGUUCCACAACAGCUUUGUGAAGUGAAAGUGCUCGGACGACCAGAAGCGGCGAGCCCAGUGCAAUCGCAAAUUCGUUUGUCGGGUUCAGCUGAACAGCUUUCCGGAAUGUCCCCUGCUAUCCCUGAUCAGCAAAAACCUGCUACACCACAACCAACAGAAGCUGAGCUACAAGCAGGAGGUGGAGCUGGAUCACAAACGGAGCCGCAAGUAACUCCAAACGUCACUCAUUUCGCCUAUCACGACAUAAAUGUGCUCACAUACGACGGUCUCGUGCCACACGUCAAGAUUGUUGCAAAUCUUCCUCUCUUCCAAUUGCACCCGCAUGCAAAACACUUGGUCCGCCCAGCUAUGAUCCAUGCCAUCAAAGAGUUGAUCGGACCAGUCACCGAAAGAGCUUUGAAGAUCGCGAUGACGGUUACAGAGUCGUUGGUUCGAAAGGAUUUCGCUUUAGAUCCCGAAGAGCAGAAUUUGAAAACCGCUUCAUUCCAUAUGAUGCGUGCAAUGACAGCUGGAAUGGCAAUGAUCACAUGUCGUGACCCGCUGGCGAGUACAAUGCAUGCUAACUUGGCUCAAGCGUUCUCGUCAUCACUGCGUUCAUCCAACGGGACUCCAGAAUUGAAACAAAUGAUCGAAGAAGCAUCAUCUACGAUAACGCAAGAUAACGUUGAACUUUCCACCAACUUCAUUGUCAAAACGGCUUGUGAGAAGGCAACUCAGGAAAUUGAGAAGCGUCUGGAAGCCGAUUACCAGAAGAGAAUUAAUGCAAAGACUGAAGGAGGAGCGUAUCGAGAUGAGGCAGCUGUUGCUGUUCAUUCCCAACUACCGAAAGUUAUUGCCACUGAACCAGGACCGACCAGUUCUGCUUUGAUGAAUAUUUACACCCAAUUCAGCAGCCGGAUUUGUGGUUUCAAAGCGAAUUCUGGCGAAGAUCUUCUCGGCUCGGAACCAAAUAGCGCUAACCCUCCAGUUCAAACUCACAGCAAAGAUAUGGAUGUUAUCUGCCAACAAUUGCAAAUUAUCAUUAAGGAAGUGGAUCAAACCACUCAAGCUCAACCGCACCUUAACAAUCCCGCGUUUCAAACAGUAUGCUGGAUUCGCGACUGGAUGCAACAGAUUACUGUUUCGAAGGAUGCAAACAAGUUAAUGGCUCUUGUUUCGCGAUGCACAGAGCACCUGUUGCAUGCGUACCGUCUUGAGGGACAGCCAACUAAGAACUUGUUGGAUGUGGAAUGGGCUCGACGCCUUCGUGAUCUUUUCAUAGGGCUGAUGCGUCUUCUACAAGCAUACUAUCCUUUGGUCGAUCUUUCUCGACGCAUUACGUCAGCGAUAAUGCAAAUUCGUUCGGAUUAUAAGUGGAACUUGGAGGGAAUUGAAAUACUUUUCAAACAAAACUUACUUCAGUCUACACUUUGGGAUCAGUACCUCGCCGACAGCAUGGACAAUGGUGGAAAUAUGGAAGCAGUGUGCUUUGCCCAGAAAUUUGUUAGAAGUAUUGGGGGUGGUGAUAUGAGCCGUCUCCAGUAUCUGAAAGAGAGAUUCCCGAUGACUUGCGAUCAGCUAACUAAGCUUCAUCAACUUCAGUCGGCAACUCGAACUGAUGGGCUGAACAACGGAAUUAAUAAUGGUUCUCAUCAUCACCCUGGAAUUCAACAUCAACAACAACAACAACAGCCUCAAGUUACUCUCCCAAUGGACGCUGCUCCAAUGCCACAAGCAUCUGCUGAAGCCAUGGCUCAACGAGGAUAUGAUGAUCAAGAGAUGACAGCCAAAGUUGAAGUAAUUAUGCGAGAAUGGAUCAGUUUGUGCUACUCACCCACUGGACAGAGAAGCCCACAGGAGUCACUUGCUCAAAUGAUUCAGCUCAUGCAUGAGCAUGGUGUUCUUGCUACUGAUGACAAGAUAACUCAGUUUUUCCGACUUUGUGUGGAGAACUGUGUAGACAUCUCAGUACGAGUUAUGAAGUCGGAACAAAUCGCAAACGGUUUACCAACAAAUCUUAUUCGUCACCGCUGCUACUACACUCUGGACGCGUUUGUCAAACUUAUGGCUUUGAUGAUCAGACAUUCGGACAAUGGACAGUCGCAGAAUAAGAUUAAUCUGCUGAAAAAACUACUGAACAUUAUCGUUGGGGUUCUUCACAUGGAUCACGAAGUUCGCAAAACAGAUUUCAACGCGAUGCCGUAUCAUCGAAUCCUCAUCAGUUUGUUCAACGAAAUUACUGGGCCCGAUCCACUGAAGCUACUGGAGCCAAUCGCAUGGAGUAUUUUGGAAGCUUUUGGACAAACGUUCUUCGCUCUUCAGCCAAGGCGCAUGCCAGGCUUUGCUUUCGCUUGGCUCGACAUUGUCGGACACAGAAAUGUUAUCGGACGUCUUUUGGCCAACACAGGGAUUGCCGAAACAGUGGAUUCAGUGAAAACAGCUGCAACAUAUACUCAGUUGAUCAUCUCUCAUCUCAAGUUCUUGGCACCAUUCCUACGAAAUAUUCAAUUGCCGAAGUCUAUCGCUAUUCUCUACAAAGGAACGCUCCGUGUUCUUCUUGUUAUUCUACACGAUUUCCCAGAGCUUCUGUGCGAAUUCCACUACGUCAUAUGUGAUACGAUUCCGCCAAACUGCGUGCAACUGCGCAAUUUGAUUCUAUCUGCCUUCCCUCACGAAAUGCGUCUUCCGGAUCCAUUCGCUCUGAACUUCAAACAAGUAGAUACAAUCCCAGAAAUGGCUGUUGAACCAAAAUCGAACUUGAACAUGGCCACCAUAAUCCCUGAUAACAUUCGAGUUCCAUUGGAUGAAUAUCUGGCGAAUCGAACACCUGUUGACUUCCUUCCAAGACUGCCGACUCUACUUCAAACUCCAAAUCAAUCUGGUACCAAAUAUAACACGACAGUCAUGAAUGCUCUUGUUCUGUACGUCGGCAUUCGUGCUAUUGAAAACCUGCAUUUGAGACGUCAGCGCAUUUCUACAUUGAGUAUAGCUCAUACAUCGUUCAUGGAUAUUUUCCAGAAUUUGGCUAUUCAAUUGGACACUGAAGGAAGAUACUUGCUGUUCAACGGAAUCGCUAAUCAACUUCGUUACCCGAACGCUCACACUCACUACUUCAGCUGCGUCUUCUUGUAUCUUUUCAAAAACUCGACUAACGACACCAUUCAAGAGCAAAUCACGCGUAUACUGUUCGAACGCCUCGUUGCACUUCGUCCUCAUCCUUGGGGUCUUCUGAUAACAUUCAUCGAGCUGAUCAAGAACCCAACAUACAACUUCUGGCGUUACGAAUUUACUAGCUGUGCUCCAGAAAUUCAAAGAUUAUUCCAAAAUGUGGCCAAUACGUGUGUCCCAGCUCAAGGAUCUCAAUAUGCACAAAAUCAAGAUGGAUCAUCUGGAAUGCUCGGUAACGAUGCCGGAGGACUUAACCAACAGCAGCAGCACCCGUCAUCCAAUUGA